AAUCGCCGUCUGGCUCGCCGCGGCGGAGUGAAGCGGAUCUCCGGUCUGAUCUACGAGGAGACCCGCGGUGUGUUGAAGGUGUUCCCGGAGAACGUGAUGCGUGAUGCCGUCACCUACACCGAGCACGCCAAGAGGAAGGCGGUGACCGCCAUGGAUGUGGUGUACGCUCUGAAGAGGCAGGGCCGCACUCUGUACGGCUUCGGAGGUUAAAGUCAGCGAUGAUGCAGCAAAACAAUGGUCCUUUUCAGGACCACACACCUCUGAGAAAGAGCUCAGUCCUGGUUUUUAUAAUCACCCAGUAGGGACUAGGACUACAUUUUUUAAAGUUAUUGAAAGAAAUACUGUCUAUGGUUAGAAAGCUUCUGUCUUCACUUAAGCUUUGAUCACCAAUACAUAUAUGAAUAAUUUUGACUAUAAAGUGGCAGCAGGAAGUAGAGAAAAAUAAAAACCUGCAGACUGUUAACAGUCCCAUCAAGAUGUUGCCAAAUGAUGUAAUUUAUCACUUGAUUGAUAUUAUUUUUUUAUUCAUUAAGGUAGUAUUUACUGACUUCUCCGUUCAUUCAUCUACAUGUUACUGAUUUCCGCAUGUAAAUAUGACUGCGCAGUUCCCCGCCUGUGAUUGGCUGAGCAGCUCUGCCGUUGGCGCGUAGAUCAGCAGAAGCAGGAAGAAGACAGGAGACCUCCGACUUCAGUUUCUAUAAUCCGGAUCAUAAAUUACAGUUAAUUCAUGUGUUUUAUGACUGAUGUUGUUUGUUGUGGCUGUAAACUGAGCUUUAGUGUGUUCAGAUAUUUACAGUUUUUGGGGGGCAGUGGUUGGUUGUUUUAGAACUCACAUCCAUAAAAUUCCACUAAAUGAUUAUUUGUCCAUGAAUAAAAUGUUUAUUUUUAUGUUUUGUAGAAGGAAGAUUUAGAAGCUGAACUUUCUUUUGAAUGUUGUCUUCUCAUAUUCACCAGUUAAAUGUUCAUGUCUUCAAAUAUCUUCAUGUCUUCCAACAUAAAUGCAUAUUUGGUGUUUUAUAAAAAGUCUCCAUCUGCAGUGAAUAAAAUUUGAAUCCUG